AGUAGCGGUUCAUUUUGCCAGCAAGCAAGCUAGCUAGCUCACUUAUCUUGGUUUCACAUGAUAAAUUAUCAAUUUUACACUGCUAACUAGUAGUGCAAAUAUAAUGACUGCUUUGGAUGCUUCUGUUGAACAAAAAUCAAUUGGAAAAAGUUUGCUGGAUAACUGGGUAGAGGAGGUGAGUUAGCUUAGCUCCUUGGCACCCCGCACUUUCACAAAGUGCAUGGACACUGUCCUGGCACCUCUCACGUCCCGAGGAUUGUUGAUCCUCAAUUACCUGGACGAUUGGCUGAUUUGUACCCCAACCAGGACCUGUCAGACAGAAACAUGCUCCUGACCCACAUCGGCGGGCUAGGCAUUACUGUAAAUGACAAGAAGAGUCGUCUGACUCAGUCCUCAUGAGAGCACGCCUGCCCACCAGAAGGGUUCAGGUGAUCUUAUCUUCCCUCGAGGUGGGGUGGCACUGUUGCUCCUUUCUCUCAGGUGGGGUGGGGAUGCUGAGGAUGUAUCGCCGGGAGCUGGUCAGUACAGACGCUCCCAGAUCGGCUGGGGGGGUGUGACCAAGGGCAGGUCGGCCAGCGGCUGUUGGCUACACCGUUGGAGCGGCAGGCACAUCAAUACACUAGAGUACUGAGCUGUACUGCUGGCCCUGCAGUCUUUCCUUCCACAUCUGAAGGGAAGACAUGUCCUGGUGAGAACGAACAACACCACAGUGGUGGCUUACAUCAACCAUCAGGGUGACCUGAGGUCCCAUUGCCUCCAUCUUAUGGCACGGGAGCUCCUUCUCUGGGCUCAGGGACGUCUAGUGUCUCUACGCGCAGCACAUGUACCUGGCAUCCUGAAUGUGGCAGCGGAUAUGCUCUCGAGGGAGGGCGCACCACCUUGGGAUUGGAGCCUACAUCCCCAGGUCGUGCAGCACCUGUGGGACAAGUUUGGAGGUGGACCUGUUUGCCUCCCUGGGCAAUGCACACUGCCCACCAGGGCCUCUGAACUUGGAUGCUCUGGCUCACGAUUGGCCAGGGCUGGAGCUUUACGCAUUCCCCCCUCUUUUUCCCCUGAUCCAGGCUGUGCUGGACAGGACCAGGAUGGCGGAGCAUUGUCAGCUGCUGGUGGCCCCAUACUGGCCCAGACAACCCUGGUUCAGCCUUCUCCUGUCUUUGUUGUCUGGGACACCUUGGCAACUGCCUGUGAGACCCGAACUGCCGGCGUCUGUGGCGUCUGAGACCGCACCACCUCAGUCUGUGGGCUUGGCCACUGAACUGCACCAAUGGUUCAUGUUAGGGCUACAGGAGGGUGUAAUGUACACCAUGCAGAGCGCAAGAGCACCGGCUACAACCGCAGCAUACCAGUUGCGCUGGCGGUUGUUCUGCUCCUGGUGCACUGGUAUUGAGGUUGUGCCCGAGUCAUGCGGGGUGCAGUACGUCCUCCAAUACCUGCAGUCAUGCUUGGAUGAGGGCUUGGCAGCCUCUUCACUGAGAGGGUAUUUGGCCGCUAUAUCUACCAGGCAUGUGGGGUGGAUGGACAUGCCAGUGGGGCAUUAUCCCUUGGUCUCCAGGUUUAUGAAGGGGGUUCGUCGCCUGUGUCCAUCUAGGACCCGCUCAAUGGCGAACUGGGAUCUGGAUGUGGUCUUGGCAGCUUUGGCAAAGCCGCCUUUUGAACCUUUGGAGUCUGCCUCCCUGAAACACCUCUCUAUGAAGGUGGGUUUCUUGGUAGCGAUUACUUCCAUGAAGAGGGUGGGUGAGCUCCAUGCUUUUUCGGUAAGUUCUACCAGGUGGACCCCGGUGGGAGGAGUAUCUCUCCGUCCCAACUCUUCAUUCCUCCCGAAGUUUCUGCUUACGACCCCCUGGCAGUGGCAGGGGAGUCUGGGCCUCCCUCCAGCAUGCUGUGCCCUGUGCGGGCACUGGCUGCCUAUGUGGAGCGGACACGGUCAGUGAGAACAACAGACCAGCUCUUUGUAUGCUAUAGUGAGAGACUCCUGGGGGCUGGGCUAUCAAAGCAGAGGCUCUCUCACUGGAUCGUGGACACGAUAACGACAGCAUACCACCUGGCUGGGAGGCCAGUGCUGGGAUCUGUGGUGGCACAUUCAAUACGAGGUGUGGCUGCGUCCUGGGCACUACUGAAAUGAGUGCCCCUUGCUGAUAUCUGUGCUGCGGACAGCUGGGCUUCCUCUUGCACCUUUUUACUAGGUAUUAUCAGGUAAAUGUGGCACCUGCCUCUGCGAUUGGUUCAGCAGUCCUGGGCGGCGCCUCCUCUUCCCGGGACCCCCCUUCCACAUUGACGGCCUCUGCGUCUCGGGCCUGCGCUGGGACUUUGCCGCUGGCUGGCCAGGCCCCUCUAGCACCGACUAAUCUGCAGGCCACUGCAGUCCUUGACAACGAGAGCCACAGAGCGCACAUCCACAACAAUUGACAUAAGGGGAUUCUUACUGGAUCUGUCAUCCCAAGGGUCAUGGGGUGAGACAAAGGGGCCUCAUGGGAGAUCUUUUGGAAAAAUAUCUAAUCAAGUAAAUAAGUGAGUGGACACAUGCGGAAUUCAACCACGAGCCUCCCGAAACACAGCUCUGCUCCACCACCAAAGAGGACUACAGAGUCGAAGGCUUUCAGCCUUCCCUCGCUCCGCCUCUAAAGGAGCAUGACUACAAAGGCGAUCAGGCAGUUACUUUUUGGAGUGAGAAUCAUCAGCACAUACAGGAGAGCACGGACAUAUUUUCUUCACGACACUCGUAAUCUGAGAGGCCCAGAGCUCCACAUCUACUGACAUGCAAUGCAGUCCUCCACCAAGAGAAUAAACAGGAUGGGAAUCACAAGAUCACAUUUACCAUUCUUUCGCAUUCCGUCGUCUAUCAAACAAUACUGAAUAAGUGAAGCCAUUAAAGAUAAUGCUGACAACACAUUCAUUACUCAUUGGGG